CUAGGUAAAUUCUUUUUUACAAUCUCCACUUAUAAUUGCUAUGCCACCUUAGGUACCUAGGUACACAGCCAUGUACUACUACCCGUGCAUCGCAUGUCUUUCUAAAUUCAGUGAGAAUCAUAAGGUAAUAUAUAAAUUGGUUGGUUGAGAUAAUGGAAAGUUGCCUUAAUGGUGGCAGUGCCUCAAUUAUUCUACAGGGUGAAAAGGUACCUAAGGUAUAUAAGUCGUAGGAGACCCAGAAAAAAACAAUUCAAAUCAACCUUUUCAAGCUACGAAUCUAUCACAAGUACAAAACAUCAUUCACCAUGACUUCCAUUACAAAUAAGAUCAGGGAAUCAGCCCCUCGCAACAUCGAACUCCUAGCUAUUCUCUCCGAGACAGAUCAUGCACAGCCGGCUCUAGAACAGCAGAAGCGCUAUGUUGAUGACCUUAAUAAUGAACUCUCUACUACCCAGAAGCGCAUCGCCGUGCUUGAUAAACAGCGGGCUAAAGAGUUGAAGGAACAUAAGAGAUAUCGCGACUCGGUUAUGAAACGGUUUGCAUACCGCGUGAGCGGCAAGACCGAGAAAUUCGAAGCCAAGGCCGAGAAAGAAGAGAAAGAAUAUUUCGCCGUUCUACAGCAGGAACAGCAGGCUAAAGAGAUGGAAGAGCAUCUUAGACAAAUGCGGUCCAAGGCCUUGGAGGCCCAGAGCGAUUUAGAGGCUGAAAUAUAUCGCAAUAUCGAAGCCCAGCAGCAACUUGACAAUCUUUAUGAAAGUAUUUUCCAGGGACCAACACCAGGCUUUCCAGAUGAAGAUCGCUUAGAAGAGAACGCCAGGAAUGCUUUACAGUCCUAUCAAACCAUUCGCAUGGUGGUGGAGGCGGAGCAUCAUGUUGUACAUCUCUUAACAGAAGCCCAAGAGCGGGUCCUCAGGGCGCUCAGUUAUACCGAAGAAGCCCUUGACCAUAGCCGAAUGGAUAUGUUUGGUGGCGGGACACUGACCGACAUGAUGGAGCGUAACGCAUUGGAUAAAGCUGAAAGCCAAGUCGGUCAGAUGCUAUCACUCGUGCGACAGGCACAGCACGCGUCACCAAAAGUACAAAAUCUACCAGCCGUCGAAAUCGCACACGGUGAUCUAUUAGGUGAUGUAUUCUUCGACAACGUAUUCAGCGACAUGGCUUUCCACGAAAAGGUCAAGGAUUCCCGUGCAAGUAUUUAUCGAGCCUACGAUAGUCUACGCAAUCAACUAGCCCUAGCCAAAUCAAGAUGCGAAGAAGCCGAGCAAGAGUUGCAUAUGCGCACGGGGUCGUUAAAAACGGCUAGAGAAGAGCUGCAAAAUGCAAGGCAAGCCAUAUUUGAACGUGUCGAUAAUGGCAAUAUGGGUGAGCCCGCAUUUACUAUGGAUCAACCUCCCCCAUAUCAAAUAGGGGCCUGAGAUACUAUUAUCCAACGAUACCCCCCACUUGAAAUGCAAAUAGAGCAAUGAUUGCUUGAAUAUCAACAGCGAACACAAAAUUCAAAUUGGCUACCUCCUAUUAGAACGCUGCAAUAUGUAACUCGAAUGAUUGACCAAGCCGCUAAGCUUAUUCAACUAACAAAUACACCACGUACACCACCACGUAGCUCACCUCAUAGCUACUAUUCGCAUCACCUUUUCCCCGCUGACAGAUUCAUGGAUACAACAUAAUCGAGCGACGUAAGAAACAAAUGUACAAUUUCCA